AUGAAGUCGACUCUAUCCUCAAACAGUAGCGAAAUUUCCACUAACGAAACUACCAUUGAAGAAGUCACGUGGCUGCGCGUCAAUCAUAAAGAAAGAAGAAACGAAAUUUCCACGGAGUGUAUCGCAACUACUCCGAGUCGGACAUUGCGAUCACAGUUAAUCUUAUAUCCGCGAGUGACGUUGUGCAAGUGCUACAGAGGACGAAUAAGAGAGGAGGAAGAGGCUUGGGAUGCAUCGGGAGACGGCGACGUAACCAUGGGAUCAAUUUUGUAUGCAACUCCGCUGCUGCACCGGCAAGUAAUUAAAUUAGUUUUUUUCCUAAUCUAA